GUUCUGAAAAUCCUCUGCUCGCUCCCUUUUUCCCAAAGAAACGAACAAACAAGAGUCCUCGUUCUGUGCCCCCGUCGGCACGCCUCCCAAAGCGACAGCGAGGCGCGCGGCGCGAGGACUCCUCCAACGAGUCAGAAAGCGCGCAGGAAGGCGGCGGCGGCUGGCGAGAGAAGCAAGGAGGAGGAGGAGGAGGAGGCGGAGCAGAGGAGAAGGGCAUGGCCCGGCGGCCGGCCUCGUGGGAGCAGGGCGGCGACGAGUACGACUACCUCUUCAAGGUGGUGCUCAUCGGCGACUCCGGCGUGGGGAAGUCCAACCUGCUCUCCCGCUUCACCAAGAACAGCUUCGCUCUCGACUCCAAGUCCACCAUCGGCGUUGAGUUCGCCACCCGCACCCUCCAGGUGGAGAAUAAGACUAUAAAAGCUCAAAUAUGGGACACUGCUGGGCAGGAGAGAUAUCGAGCAAUUACAAGUGCUUACUAUCGUGGAGCUGUAGGGGCAUUGCUAGUCUAUGAUGUCACUAAAGUAAUGACAUUUGAGAAUGUGAAGCGGUGGCUGAAGGAGCUCCGGGACCAUGCUGACUCGAACAUCGUUGUCAUGCUCAUUGGCAACAAGAUCGACCUUAGGCACCUCCGUUCUGUUGCAGUUGAGGAUGCUGCAAGCUUUGCAGAGAGCGAAGGGUUGUUUUUCAUAGAGACCUCUGCGCUUGAUGCAACAAAUGUGGAGAAGGCUUUUCAAACUGUGCUAGCUGAGAUCUACAGAGUAAUCAGCAAGAAGCCUCUUUCAUCUGAGCAGUCUGUAUCAGGGUCUGGUAAUAUCAAAGAGGGACAAUCCAUUCAAGUGUCAGCCACAAAUUCUAGCACCCUUACGUCAAGGUGCUGCUCUUCUUAGAUGGUGGUCAUCAGGAUCUUCUAAAUAACAAUUAAGGUCCUGUUUUGAUUCUUAAACUUGUUGAAAUAUAUUACUCUUUGCACGAACAGUAACUGUAGAUUUUAAGAACGGCAGACUUGUGACACUAACUACUUGACCUAUAUAGUCAUGUUACAUGAAAAGCUGCUGUAGGAGGGAAGGUGUAUCGCUCUGUGGCUGUCUUGCUGAGCAGAAAACUCUGCAUCACCGCAGCAAAGCGCCCUGCUCUUACCUAGUAGCAGGGUAGUAUUUAUAUAAUUUGCAGUUGUAACUUUUAUUGCGUUAAAUAAAAAUCAACUUCACUGCAUAUACACCUGUCCAUCAUUUGUCUUCUUCUGAUAUUCAAUCUGUAUAUGGAUGGAUUAUCCUAGUUUUGAAGGGGCUAAUGUAAAUUUUUGAUAGGUUUUUAUCAAAAUCCGAGUUUCAUAUUGGUUUGCUAAGGCUUCAUGGAGGUCUUCAUGGACCCGAUUGGAAGUUGGAACGGCCUUUGCUGUCCAAACCUUUUGUAAGUUGAAAAGGAAGAAAAAUGAGAGCUGUAAGCGCCCAUGCUUUCAAAUCUGAAGAACCAUUUGCAUACUUCUACGUGACAAAUCUGGUGGGAAAGCUUCUACGUGGCAUGCUUGAUGUGGCAACUUGAUUCCUGAUGGCUCCCGAGCCUACAUUCUAUUGCUUUCGCCUAGCGUGAAAUGUAAAAUGCUAGAACAAUUUAUAGUAUCUCUCGAUUGGACAUCUAGUUUUGUAUUUGCGGUUUUGCCUAUUAAUUUGAACCUAUCCACCAUGCACGCGUAUGGGAAUUCUCAGACAAAUAGGAAUUGAUAUGUGGAUAUAUAUAAUGUCAUUGACCA